AUGCCUCCUCACAAGGUGAAAGACCGCGGUAAGGGUAAGGCUAAGGCGAACGACGACGAGCCAUGGGAGGAUCCACCGUACGUGAAGUGGAUGAAGGAGCAGUGCGAAAAGGGGAAUACGCGCGGCAACAUAAAGCGAGAAGCAUCACCUAGGCGCGACGGUGCCGGGCCGAGCUCCGCACGUGGCGCACAUGCCGACAGCUCCGAAGGCGGCGGAGACACCGACGUGAGCUCCGAGGACCUAGAGGAGAUCGCCUCCUCCAAUGGAUCCGACGAGGAUUCUGAUAACUCCAACGUGGACGGCGGCAGUGACGAGGAGGAGACCGGCCUUGAGCCCGCAGCAUCGGAGGCUGGACCCAGUACGCGCAAGCGCAAGCGGACCGCCAAAUCGAAACGCCUAUGGACCGAAGAGGAGUUGACUGCUCUCGCAGCGGCUAAGUGGUACACCCGUGACGAUCUAAAGCAGAUGCGUGGGAAGCAAGGCAACCAGUACUGGAAGAAGCUCCACGCGCACAUGAAGAAAAGUGGCAUUAAGUGGACUCGGAACAGCACGGCCAUGCUACACGCGUGGAAGCGCAUUGAAGCCGAGUAUCGCGAGACGCUCCGCCACAACGGCACCUCAGGGAACAAGCCAAAGAAGAAGAAGCCUUGGUUCGAAUACUUUUACCUCAUCAAGAAACUCCCGGCCAACGUUAAGCCCCACGUUGUGGAUGGAGGGGGAGCAGGGGAGACACACGCCGACCCGGGAGCGCCAAUCCCUAAUGACGCAGACAUGGGAGAGGCCGGAAUGGUCACGCCCAGGACCAGGCCUCGCGAUCGGCAUACGCGUCAGUCAGGUGGUGUUGAAGCCACCCCUUCUCCCAUCCCUCCAAAGCGAUCUCGUGUCAACGAGACCGCCACCAUGGCGGCCGCAAAAGUGAUCGCGGACACCAUCACGACAUGCAAUGGACAGGCCCUGCGCCAGCUAAGUGACACGGUGGGCCUCCUCAUCACCGCGAUUCACAUGGCGUCCGCAUUGUGGAGGCCCCCACUUGCACAAGCCCAGAACGUGCCGCCCCCGCCGCAAGGCCCGACGCACGCCAUCACGGAUACGCCGGGCAACGACGCCCUCCCCGCCUUCGUCCCGCUAGUCACGGUCGAGGCGCCACGGGCGGUGCCUCCUGAGGAUCAUGUUGUGCAGGAUGAUGAUGCAGGCGGUGCCUGCACACACGCGCGACAACUGGCUCUCAUGACGCCGAUCGAAGAGACGCCACCGACCCUUCAGGGCGCCGAUGGUCCGUUCUACCACCAUGCGGGUGGCGGAGUGGACGUAGUUAUAGGUCUGCUCCCAGCUUUUCGUUGGGCGUCUGCGGGUGGCGUUCACGGGCGUCAGGCAGUAGGGACGAAGCGGGUACGCAGCAUCACCGAUAAUCUGUCGACUCAAAGCUCUCUUGCCGGACUCCUGCCAGGAGCAGCAGUGCUGCUCGCCCUUGCCCUCAUCGCCGCGGUGGUGUGGAGUGGUGGGUGGUGUGUGUCAGCGGUGGUGUGGAGUGGUGGGUGGUGUGUGUCAGCGGUGGUGUGUGUCAGCGGUGGUGUGGAGUGGUGGGUGGUGUGUGUCAGCGGUGGUGUGGAGUGGUGGGUGGUGUGUGUCAGCGGUGGUGUGGAGUGGUGGGUGGUGUGUGUCAGCGGUGGUGUGGAGUGGUGGGUGGUGUGUGUCAGCGGUGGUGUGGAGUGGUUCCCCAGCAGUGAGAAGAAGCUUCGCAAGGGGGCUUCAGUGGCUUCUGUCCUGUGCGAUGUUCCCGAACAGCAGCAGGAGGAGGAAGAGACUCCGCCAGAGGUUAUCAGAGCCACCUGCAAGACCGUGCCUGCCAAGUACUACCCGUCGGUGCAGGUGCCUUACUGCGCGUGCCCUCAAGGCUCUGGAAUAACCGAGACCAAGUGUGUUGCGGGUGAGUCUCCACUCUCUCCUCACUCGCCUUACUGCGGGUGCCCUCAAGGCUCUGGAAUAACCGAGACCAAGUGUGUUGCGGGUGAGUCUCCACUCUCUCCUCACUCGCCUUACUGCGCGUGCCCUCAAGGCUCUGGAAUAACCGAGACCAAGUGUGUUGCGGGUGAGUCUCCGCUCUCUCCUCACUCGCCUUACUGCGCGUGGCCUCAAGGCUCUGGGAUAACCGAGACCAAGUGUGUUGCGGGUGAGUCUCCACUCUCUCCUCACUCGCCUUACUGCGCGUGCCCUCAAGGCUCUGGGAUAACCGAGACCAAGUGUGUUGCGGGCUCUGGGAUAACCGAGACCAAGUGUGUUGCGGGUGAGUCUCCACUCUCUCCUCACCCGCCUUACUGCGCGUGCCCUCAAGGCUCUGGGAUAACCGAGACCAAGUGUGUUGCGGGUGAGUCUCCACUCUCUCCUCACUCGCCUUACUGCGCGUGCCCUCAAGGCUCUGGGAUAACCGAGACCAAGUGUGUUGCGGGUGAGUCUCCACUCUCUCCUCACUCGCCUUACUGCGCGUGCCCUCAAGGCUCUGGGAUAACCGAGACCAAGUGUGUUGCGGGUGAGUCUCCACUCUCUCCUCACUCGCCUUACUGCGCUUGCCCUCAAGGCUCUGGGAUAACCGAGACCAAGUGUGUUGCGGGUGAGUCUCCACUCUCUCCUCACUCGCCUUACUGCGCGUGCCCUCAAGGCUCUGGGAUAACCGAGACCAAGUGUGUUGCGGGUGAGUCUCCACUCUCUCCUCACUCGCCUUACUGCGCGUGCCCUCAAGGCUCUGGGAUAACCGAGACCAAGUGUGUUGCGGUUGCAGGUGAGAUGGUUGAUAUGUACUCGCUCGCUCUGCUCUCUCCGUCAUCUCCUCUCCCUGUUCAUUCCGCUCUCCACUCUCCCCACUCGCCACACUCGUUGCCUCACAUUUCUCGCUCUGCCAGUGCUGAAUGGCUGGUGUUGUUUUGUCAUCGAAAUGUGGCUAUGCUCGUUUGGAUGUAUGAAGGUGGAGGUUCUAAGGCCUCUUCUAUCAGCCACACACUCCUCUCCCUCCCUCUGUGGAAGAGGACACAAGUUAGGUGCCAUUGA